AUGUUGGUUCUCUUCAUCAUUUUCAACAGCCUUCAGGGCCUCUAUGCCUUUGCAGUUUACUUUAUUAUGCACAAUCAGCUGUGCUGCCCAGUUAAAGCCAGUUACAGCCUUGAGACGGAUGGACCCAGAAGCCCCACUUCUGCCUUCUUUACACCCAGCAGUGGGAUGCCACCAGCUGGAGCUGAAAUCAGUAAAUCCACUCAGAACCUCAUUAGUGCAAUGGAGGAGAUUUCCUCAGACUGGGAGCGGUCUGGCAGUCAGGAAAAGCAUAGCCCUCAAAAUGGUACAGCUUACACCCCAUCAGGGGGGUACAGUAAUGGUUCACUGGUCGCUGAUGAGGAACUCCAAGAAUUUGAUGACUUAAUAUUUGUGCUAAAAGCUGGGUCAGGUAUGAACAUCAGCGACACGGAGUCCUGCCAUGGAAGUCAAGAUGGAAGUGGUAUGGCUAACUCACAGAUUGUGGAACUGCGGAGAAUUCCCAUAGCUGACACUCAUCUAUAG